UUCAUCAGACACAAACGUAUCUCACGCAUCGCAUGACUAAUAGUAUUAGAGUAUCAAACAUGUCCUUGUUUCUUUGACUACCGAGCGGCUUGCUGCACAACCCAUCAGCUGCACAGGCCUUCCCUCAUCAUGAUCCGCAUGUUAUCGCGUCGCAAUUCCCGGAGUCUGAAGCUACUGGUACUGAGUUGUACCCUCUUCCUCAUACUGCUGUUGGUUACCCUGCAGCAGGGAGGAGAGGGCCUCAUUUCCCCGGUCCCUUGGUCCUUGAGGCUUCCCAGCACAGCCCAGGGGUGGGUGAAGGUCUUCGUCAGGUCUGCGGCCGACAACCUCACUUUCCAAAUCGUUGCUCCUCAGCUCCCAUCUUUCCGGCUGCCGCUCACGACAGUGGACCCUCUCUGUCCAUCAGGGUUUUACAGCAGGGCUGAGCUUGGGCCCCGCCUUCCGAGGCCUCCAGAGGACCCCAUGAGCCCUGGAGCCUAUGGCAGGGCCUUUGUUUCCGGGCACCUCAGCCCUGAAGAGCUGGAGGAAAAGAAAGAGGGUCUGAGGAAGACCUGCUUCAAUCAGUUUGCCAGUGACCGCAUCUCUCUGCACCGGAGUCUGGGCAACGACACACGCCCACCUGAGUGUGUUGAUCGUCUGUUCCGCCGCUGUCCACCCCUGCCAUCCACUAGUGUCAUCAUCGUGUUCCACAACGAGGCGUGGUCCACUCUCCUUCGCACCGUUUACAGCGUGCUGCACACGGCACCUGCUGUCAUGCUCAAAGAGAUCAUCUUAGUGGAUGACGCCAGCACUCAGGAUCAUUUAAAAGCGCCUUUGGAACGCCAUGUCCAGGCCUUGAAGAUGGUACGCGUGCUUCGGCAGCGGGAAAGGAAAGGGCUGGUACCUGCCAGGCUGCUGGGUGCACAAGAAGCUCGCGGAGAGGUUCUCACUUUCCUGGACUCGCACUGUGAGUGCUUCCACGGCUGGCUGGAGCCUCUCCUGGCACGCAUUGUGCAGGAGCCCACAGCUGUGGUCAGCCCCGAGAUUGCCAUCAUAGACCAGGACACCCUGAAGUUCAACAAGCCAGUGCCCACCAGGCAUGCAUUGAACCGCGGCAACUUCGACUGGGGCCUGUCCUUUGGUUGGGAGACCAUACCCAGCCAGGAGAGAAGGGCGCGCAAAGACGAGACCUACCCAGUGAGGACUCCAGUGUUUGCUGGGGGUCUAUUCUCCAUUUCUAAAGCUUUCUUUGAACACAUCGGAACCUACGAUGACGAGAUGGAGAUCUGGGGAGGAGAGAACGUUGAGAUGUCCUUCAGAGUGUGGCUCUGCGGAGGCCGGCUGGAGAUAAUUCCGUGUUCAGUGGUGGGCCACAUCUUUCGCUCCAGCAGCCCCCACUCCUUCCCCAAGGGCACGGACGUGAUCACACGCAAUCAGGUGCGUCUGGCUGAGGUCUGGAUGGACGAGUACAAACAAAUAUUCUAUCGCGUAAGCAAGAAGGCUGCAGCAAUAGCUCAAAAGAAUGCUUACGGUGACAUUUCAGAACGGCUCAGACUCAAGGAGAGAUUGAACUGUAAAAAUUUCACCUGGUAUCUGAACCAUGUGUACCCAGAGGCUUUUAUCCCUGACCUGAACCCAGUUCUCUUUGGAGCGAUCAAGAACAUGGGGUCAGAGACGUGUCUUGACCUUGGUCAGAAUAAUCCAGGAGGGAAGCCUGUUAUAAUGUACACGUGUCACAACUUGGGUGGCAACCAGUAUUUUGAGUUCACAUCGCGGCAGGAACUACGCCACAGUCUUGGACGGCAGCUGUGUCUGCACGCCACCCUGCAUCCGGCGCCUGUCAGGGUGGACCUCUGCCACUAUACGGGCCGAGGGACAGUGGUGGCUCCCCAGCAAGAAUGGGUCCUUACCCUCUUACUCCCACAGAUGUACCUCCUGAAGAAUGCCAUUCUGGAGAAAUGCUUAAGCUUGGAGGGAGGCCGAGUGAUCAUGAAACAAUGUGACCCUGCAAAUGUCUACCAGCACUGGACAUUCACCUGAUCGCAUGCUGGUCAAUGACGUCCGAUGAAAUGAAAUGAGUGUCAAACCAACUCAAGGCCAUUUCCCACAUCAGUCAGAAUGUAUGAUUCUGGAAAAAUAAAUGUGUCUGUGUAACAUUUCAAAUAAAUUGAAGACCUUUUUCAAUUAAAA